GAUUACGAAAAUUCAUUUAAAGAUCUUGCUUGCAUAUCAUAACCUUCCCUUGACUUUCGGACUUUUAAUUCCCUUGUUUGUAAAUUCACAGAAUAUUAAUAAAGUUGGAUCGUAGCCCUUAACUGAGAAAAUGUGAACAUCUGCCGAACCCCUUUCUGAUGCUUUAAUUUUCUCAGAGCGAAAGUCUACGAUUUGAUUACUGUUUGCAAACAGUGGCAAGGUUGAAGGAUUGAUCCUCGUAACAUGAUAAGGUCAUCUGCACUUCCAGCAUCUAAAAACAUAGCAAGUGCGGAAGUAGAUGCUAUGAUAUUAAAAUACGGCAACUCCUCUUAGAUCGUAGGUGGGAAGACAAGAAAAAACAAGACUUUGAUCAAGAGCUGUUAAACACAGCCAUCUCCGUUUAGCGGUGUUAUCACUCUACCCAAAGUUUUUUACUAAAGGCUUGAUUUUACUUUACUUUCGAAACCGUGACAAAUACAGCCUAGUUUAGAUCUUUUUCUGUCAGCUCAAAUCGGCAAACGAAGAUUACGCUAGUCUUUUGUUGAUGCUAUCUGAAGUAUGUGACUUUUACGGAACUGUUUUUAUGUGAUAUACAUCUGCCGAAGAAAAGGAGUCACAGGCGAAGAAGCGACCAUGCAUUUCAACUGGACAAGAUAGAAUAAAGUUUAGAUUGUUAUCGAUAGCUACAGAACAGUGGGUUUAUCUGGCAAAUUCAAAAGAAGAGGAAAACACAAAUUGAAGUAAUCUAGCUGCACACCUUUUUCGGAUUGAAAAAAACUGUAUGAAAACAGGAAUGGCCAACAAUACGCAGCCAGCUGUGGAAAGUGACGGGCGUGGUUUUUGGUAUUUCAUAGCACUGGAUGCGUUACUCGCAGUUUUCACUGUCACGGGUAACGCAAUCGUCAUCUUACUCAUCUACUCGCGUCGAUGCUUGCGGAUAAACACAAACUACUUCAUAGUGUCACUCGCAACCGCUGACCUACUCGUCGGGCUGAGCCUGCCCACUUUCUCCAUCGCGUGCUCCCUGUGGUUUCCAUGCGUAGAGACAGCCUUUUACAAAUUCUUUAAUCUUUUCACGUGCGUCUCGAUAGCAAACCUGGUGUUCAUGACCAUCGAUAGGUUUCUAGCAAUUUGCUGGCCUUUUUGGUACUUUUCUAAGGUGACCGCCAAGAGGAUUGGCGUUGCUAUAGCGACGGCAUGGCUGGUGCCUUGUGUUUUGACCAUGGUGCCGUUCAUGUGGAUGUACAGCUCGGAUGACGCGGUGAAGACGAGUUUGAAUAAUGUCUACUACUUGGUGAUGCUAGUGCUUAUUGAGUUGAUGCCCGCUGUAGUCAUGCCAAUGAUGUAUACACGGAUAUUCUUGACAGUAAGGCGACACAACCGACUGGUUCGCCAGCAGCGUCGGCAGCUGAGCUUCAACUGCCAGUUCAAGUCGUCAGUGACAGAUACUACGUCAACUCAAGCGUCAGGCAGACGAAGCAGGGAGGUUGAGAAGUCGUCUACUAUUGCUUUGGGGCUCGUCAUACUUCUCUUUGUGCUGUGCUGGGCAUACGAUAUUUAUGUAUCUCUUUGUACUCGUGUCCAGGGUGUGUGCGAAGUGAAAUCAAAUCGCGUGGAAAGUGUCUCGAAUCUGCUAAUUUAUCUUAAUAGCUGUGUUAAUCCAUUCGUCUAUUUCUUGAUCAAGAGAGACGUAAAACGUGAAUUGAAAGCGUGCUUGAAGUGCAAGUAGAACUUUAAACGGUCUGCGUUUAGUAAGUCAUCGCGUGUGUAAUCACAUUGGAAAUAAAAAACCAUGUGGAAUUUUAAA